AUGAAAAAACAAUCGACAACUAAUAACAAUCAACCUGAAAAAGAGGAGGAACGCUUUUAUAAAUUAAAUGAAGGCCAUAUAAUUUCUGCAUGUCACUUUUUUGAUGGGUCUUAUACUGAAACCAGUGAGCUUUGCUUUGAUUGGAAUAUUGACUUGGUUACAGCAAUCGGAUUCACAACCUCUCUAUUAGUCAAACUAUUAUUAUUGUCGAGCAUGCAUUGUGAUGCGACUUAUAAGACAACCAGAAGACACUUCGAACUCUAUGAAAUUAUCAGUAAUGUUGAGGGUACAGAAUUUCCAAUAACAUACCUCACUUUGAAUACUACAAAAGCGCAAGAUAUUGAAGAACAAACAGGAUUACAGAUGAAGAUGCUUGCUAGUUUCCUUCAUUCUCUCUGCGACAAAGGGCUGCAACCAUGA